CCAUCCUCUGAAUUUACCUUGCGUCCUGUCAGGAGAAUGAGCGCCAGGGCUGCGAUCUGGCUGCCCUCCUGCACGAAUGCAGCCCCAUUCUGUUUUGACUACACCAAAACAUAAAAUCUCAAGGAUUUCUAUUUUCGUCUGAAGUAAAUUAGGAACGUUUCCUGAAUCGUAGCGUUUCCUCAUCGAUCAGGAGUCCCAGUCUCCCAAAUUGCCAUGGCGACGUGUCUGUCAUGCUCAUAUAUGGCCCUUUUCUGGCUUUGCUUUAUGGCUCGCAGCCUGUGUCCACAUCCCCCCCCCCCCCCUUCCCACCCUCCCUUCUUCUGGCCAAAGAGAGAAUGCUACAGCAAUGGCAUGAGGACCGAGUGUUUCCUCUGGACGCCAGGGUUAGCGUAUCCCCCAGGGGAACACCGUUAUCUGGGCCGGCUGCAGAACAAACACCGAGGCUGUAUACAUAAUCAAGCCCUCUGGAAUGUUUGAGUCGCUCCGCUCCGGAAUGGGAAGGACCCCCUUUUUCCUCUGCUCCGGCAGCACAGUCCCACUACUUCACGGUGCUUCCCAGUGCGAGUCUGACCCUCCAGCUGAACGGAGCGCUAGCGGCUGUCUCUUCACUGUAACGAAUUUCUGGAACUUUUUCGAGACACGAUGGAAGAGGAGAUUCCGUCAGAUUCUGACGCUCGUGGAACACCAAAACCAGACCCCAGCAGGGAGAGGAUGUCCAUGACCGAGUCGGUCCUGGAGGGAAUGAACAUGCUGGAUGCCGUUCUCGAACAGGCAUCCGCCCCAGACCUUGACCAGUACAGGGAACCGGAGCAAGAGACGGUGUAUGAGGUGGAAUGUGUGGAGAACGAGGUAUCGCUUGAGUCCAAAAGGGAGACCAUCUAUGAAGUGGAACCGGAGGAAGCUUCAAUCAGACUUUCAAAACCAAAUCUGAGCCAACGGGCUGGAGAAUCAGUGCCAGUUUCAGACCCAGAGGUGGAUUUGGAUCCAGUGGGAUCCUCUUCAGUAUCAGAGAGCAAUUCUGUGCCAGAAUCAGUCUUGGAAAGGCCAGCAACGCCAGAACCGGGCGUCCCAGAAGGACCUGUGCCAGCAACGGACACUCAAGACAUCUCCGUGCCAACAGGAGACGCUCUGUUGGCGGACCUCGAGUCCACCACCUCCCACAUUUCAAAGCGGCCAGUGUUCCUGCCCGACGAGACGCCCUACUCCUUCCCCACGGGAGGAAACGCCUACUCCGAGGUCUCGCCCACACCUCCGGUGCCUCCGCAUCCCUCCGCCGAGGCGCUCAACGGCGCGGUGCUAGACCCCCCUGACUCCCACCGCUCCUCCACACAGUCCUUUGGGUCGGCCCAGAAAAGCGACUGGUCCAUAGACGGCAGCAGCCCCCCUCUGUCUCACGGCGAGGAGGACCACGUCUACAGUUUCCCCAACAAGCAGAAGACUACUGACUCUGCAGCUGCAGGCAUGAGCUCGUCUCUGGGUAGUAACCUGUCGGAACUUGACCGGCUGCUCCUGGAGCUCAACGCUGUGCAGCACAGCACGCCCUCCUUCCAGGUCGAGGAAGAAGCGCCCCCAGCCCUCCCAUCUAGCAGCACCACUCAGAAUGGCAUCAGCCCCCCAGGCAAAGCCCCCCCUCCCACCCUGGAGAAGCCCAAACGCAGUGCUGCAGGCCGGGGCAUCGAGGACGUGCGGCCCAGUGUGGAGAGCCUACUGGACCAGCUGGAGAGCUCAGUGCCAACCCCAGCCCCCGCCCCUACCGUGGCCACAGCAGAUUUGAGUGAUGACCUGGAGGAAACGCCCUCCCAGCAGCAGGCCCGAAUCUCCGCCUCCUCAGCCACACGAGAGCUUGAUGAGCUCAUGGCCUCUCUCUCCGACUUCAAAGUCCAAAGCAAUAUUUUGGCCCAGGGAAAAGACCCAACCAGCCCUCCCAAACAGGGCAACAAGCUGGACAACAUGCUGGGCAGCCUGCAGUCAGACCUCAACCGCCUUGGCGUGCAGACCGUUGCCAAGGGUGUGUGCGGAGCCUGCAAGAAGCCCAUCGCUGGACAGGUGGUGACAGCAAUGGGGCGGACAUGGCACCCAGAGCACUUUGUGUGCACCCACUGCCAGGACGAGAUUGGCAGCCGGAACUUCUUUGAGCGCGACGGGGCGCCCUACUGCGAGAAGGACUAUCACAACCUCUUCUCCCCACGCUGCCACUACUGCAACGGGCCCAUACUGGAUAAAGUGGUGACUGCGCUGGACAGGACAUGGCAUCCGGAGCACUUCUUCUGUGCACAGUGUGGCGCAUUCUUUGGGCCAGAGGGCUUCCAUGAGAAGGACGGGAAGGCGUACUGUCGGAAAGACUACUUUGACAUGUUCGCCCCCAAGUGUGGCGGCUGCGCCCGAGCCAUCCUGGAGAACUACAUCUCAGCUCUCAACAGCCUCUGGCACCCCGAGUGCUUUGUCUGCAGGGAGUGCUUCACGCCCUUCAUUAAUGGCAGCUUCUUCGAGCAUGAGGGCCAGCCGUACUGCGAGGGCCACUACCACGAGCGGCGCGGCUCGCUCUGCUCCGGCUGCCAGAAGCCCAUCACCGGCCGCUGUAUCACCGCCAUGGGCAAGAAGUUCCACCCCGAGCACUUCGUCUGCGCCUUCUGCCUCAAGCAGCUGAACAAGGGCACUUUCAAGGAGCAGAACGACAAGCCCUACUGCCAGAGCUGCUUCAUCAAGCUCUUUAGCUAAGAGGGCGGCAGACCAGGCUAUGUGUGUGUGUGUGUGUGUGAGUGUGUGCGCUUUGUGUGAUGUGUGAAGGAGUGUGUGUGUGAUUGUGAGGUUGAGUGGGAGAAAGGCUUUUUUGUUGGUGGGUGGGGGUGGGUGGCUAUUGUUUUUGUGAGUGGUGUGU